AACUCAUAAUGGAUUUGAUUUACAAACUUUUCAUCAACAAUAUAAUAAUCAAGGACCUACUGUAGUUGUAAUGAAGGUUGCCAACUCUUCUGAAAAUAUUGGUAGACAUAAUUCUAUAGAACAAAAAGUGAGUUCAGGGCAUUCGAAAAGUAGAGAAAGUUUUUUGUUUUCAUAUACUCUACAACUAUAUAAAUUAACAGAUUGA